AUGAUUACUGUAAUCGCAGGACUUGCGUUCCUUUCGAAUGCCUUCGCUUAUCACGAUCCGGACCUCAACUACCAUUUGAGCCAAGUGCAAACCAUACAAGGUUGCGGUGACUCAGGCUACUCGUACCCCGCACCAGCUAUUCAACUAACGGCGAAUGUGCAGCCAACGAACGCCCCAAGACUCAUACAGCCCGUACAAGCACCAGUUACAUAUGCGAAUAACAAGGGAUUCACACAAUUCUUUGAACCGGCGCAACUUUCAUACCAAUCCCAGCCGUCAUAUAGGGGAGCGCAGAGUUUUGAAUCAUAUAGCGUAUCCCAAGCAGAACAACACGGUUACGCUACGUCUGAAGGCUUGUCUGCAGCAGCUCAGAGAACUGUUACUCCAUUAGCCACAUACGCACAAGCGCCGAUAAUAGCAAAAAUAACAGCAGCACCGCUGCAUGCCAAGUAUUCCGUGGCGCCUGUGAAAAGCUACGUAUCACAAAAUCUCUUCGCCCAGGCUACUGGCUCGCUCGCGAAGGCAUCUUUAAAUUCCUACAACAGCAUCGAGUCAUCAGGAUCUGUAGUGUCGCAAGUGAUUGCUCCUCAGAGUGUACGUUAUGCUACUGCACCAACUUUAAGACUCCAGAACAAUCCAACGGUGUAUACAUCAGCGUCUAAUCAGUAUAAUCAGGAAUCCUUUGCGACCACAUACAAUCAGUACAGCCAAGCGUCGGCGGCGAGAGCUGCGUAUGCGCCGGCUGUAGCUCAAUAUUCUGUCAGUCACACUCCAGUUCAAUAUUCAGCGCCCGCUGUGCAAUACUCGCCACCAGAUGUUCAGUACCAGCCAGUUGUACAAUACUCUGACCCAGCACCAGCCCCAGUGAUAACUCAGCAUGCUCCAGUGAUUGUUCAGCAUAGUCCAGUUGUAAGCCAAAGUGCUCAAAACAUUCAUUCCUCAAGACCCGUGCACAAUUUGUACAAAGUUGUACAACGUCUUGCGCCGGUCGUAUCACACCCUCCCGCGGUUGCCGUCUCUCCUGUGAGGAUAUCAUCAUCUGCUCAUUCUUCAAAGAACGUGCACAAGGAGUUCUUGGAGAACUAUUUGUACACCAUGGACAGGUUUGGUGACAUCGAUAUCUUGAUUAUUGAAUGA